UUAUCACAGAGCACAUUAUCCUCCAUGCAUCUGGAGAGCGCAGACGCCUCUCAACCCCUUCGGAUUCUGGAGGAUUGCACGCGGUUGGAAAAAAAAACAGCUUACCUGGCGGGAUCAGUCUGGACCUACGAACCCAAACCUAACAUUUGCUCUACAGAACCGACUUUCUGCAGGUUAAAGGUGAAGGAACUUGGAGACUAAGGUGCUUCUAUCUUAAUCUCACACCUGGAGGCCACCAAUCAGCAUGGACUUCGCUCACUUUUGGCUUGUCAUCACCACCCUGAUGCUGAUCCAUCACUUUCAAGUGUCUGUAAUGAGCCCUGUGGCGGAGGAGGGUCCCCCCUCCCACACAGCCCACCGGCGAGAAAAGCGCUGCUCCUGUGAGAAUCAGAAAGACAAAGAGUGUAUUUUCUUCUGUCACAUCGGCAUCGUCUGGGUCAAUACCCCGAGCCACUUGGUGCCGUACGGAUUCGGACCGGUUCGCCUGCGGAGGGAGCUGCAGCGCUGCUUCUGCACUGAUUCUCGGGACAGAGAGUGUUUCAGCUUCUGCUCCAAGCAAACACAAACACAGGAGGAGAACUUUGUUAUGAAGAUGAAGGCCGAGAAACAGAAGAGCUACAAAAGUGCAUUGUGGGAAAAACGAAGCCGGCACGCUCUCAAACACCAGACCUGAGACGGCGGAGAGGUUCAACAGAAACACCAGCUCUUCAGAACGGAAGUCCUUAAAGUAUCUAAAACAUCUAAUAUUGGACCCUUUGGACCAUGGCGGCGGUCCGGGCGUGUACAGUGACAUUUUUUUGUUAAUGUGAUGAUGAUGAUGUUAGAACCGGAGCUUCAAACACUGACAGGCUUUAGCUCAGAAAAAUCGGUGACCUCUGUGUUCAUUCUAGUCCUGCUUCUAACCGUUAAGCUAAAAAAAAAUCAGCAGAAAACCUCAAAGCAGAACAUUUAGGAAGGUUUAGUGUUUCACAGGAGAGUUUGAAAGUUUUUCACUGGAAAAGAUCCACUACACACUAGAACAACGAUUCUUAUGAUACUGUUUGUGAUUCAGUGACACAAUGAAAUUUUGUCACAUUAAAACCAGAAACUUCAAUAUUUCUUAUUAGGAUUUUAUGUGCAAAGCUAGAAACUUCUAAAAUAACUCUGGAUCAAAGAAUUGGGCAGAUCUUUAAAUAGUAAGAAAUGCCUUUCGGAGUUUACCUCAGGCCCUGAACACACCAUCCUGAUUAUGAACCAUGUUAGUGGCCCCAUGAUGCUGUGUAGGUGGUGUUCUUUAGGACGGAAAGAUAAACUGGUGGUUUUGAUGAAAAGAUGGAGAUAAAUGACUGAAGCUUCAACCAAAACAUUAUUGAUGUUCUGAAAUGGCCUAUUCAAAGUCCAGACUUAGUUUAUUUCUAUAGCGCCAAUUCAAAACACGUCAUCUCAAGGCACUUUACAGUUCACCAGAUCAUAAAUUCAAAUUGAUUUAAAGUUUUAUCUAAG